CCCCCGCCCGCGCGCCCUUGCUCCGCGUUCGGCCCGCCUCGCCCCCGCGCGGCCUCUCCGCUUUCUCUCCCGCUUCGCUCCGGCCUCUCUGGAGUCUGCAGCGGGGCGCCGGGAAGAUGGCGGCGCGGGGAGGCGGCGCGGGGGGCGCGGGCUCGGGAUCCGGACCCUCUGUUGGGACGACGGGGGAGGCCACGGAGCCCGCGCUGCGCCCUGGGGAGGUGGCUGCGCUGCACCCCCAGGAGGUGGCUGCCCGGCUGCAGCGGAUGCGACGGGAGCUGAGCAACCGGCGGAAAAUUCUAGUGAAAAACCUGCCCCAGGACAGCAGCUCCCAGGAGGUUCAUGAGUUAUUACAGGACUAUGAGCUAAAGUAUUGCUAUGUGGACAGGAAUAAACGAACAGCUUUUGUUACCUUGUUGAAUGGGGAGCAAGCGCAGAGUGCGAUUCAGAGGUUUCAUCAGUUUUCUUUCCGAGGCAGAGAGUUGACAGUGCAGCUGCAGCCCACAGACGCUCUCCUGUGCAUCACCAACCUGCCCGUCUCCUUCACCUUAGAAGAGUUUGAAGAACUUGUCCGUGCCUAUGGCAACAUCGAGAGGUGUUUUUUGGUCUACAGUGAAGUUACUGGCCACUCCAAAGGCUACGGGUUUGUGGAGUACAUGAAGAAGGACUUUGCUGCCAAGGCCAGACUGGAGCUUCUGGGCAGGCAGAUGGGAGCCUCUGCACUCUUUGCACAGUGGAUGGAUGUUAAUCUCCUGGCCUCGGAGCUCAUCCACUCUAAGUGCCUUUGCAUAGACAAACUCCCCAGUGACUACAGCGAUUCAGAAGAGCUCUUGCAACUUUUUUCUGGUAUCCAUAAACCUGUGUUUUGCCAGCUUGCACAGGAUGAAGGAAGUCACGGUGGUGGCUUUGCAGUGGUUGAAUAUAGCACUGCGGAACACGCUGAGGAGGUUCAGCAGGUGGCAGAUGGCAUUACCAUCCAGGGGAGCCAAGUUCAACUGUCCUUCUGUGCCCCAGGAGCACCAGGGCGAAGCACUCUAGCAGUCCUCAUAGCGGCUCAGCGCGCGAUGCACAGUAAUCAAAAGGGAUUACUGCCAGAACCCAAUCCGGUCCAGAUCAUGAAAAGUUUAAACAAUCCUGCCAUGUUACAAGUUCUUCUGCAGCCCCAGCUGUGUGGCCGAGCCGUGAAGCCAGUUCUCGGAGUCACACCCAGCUUGUCUCACCUGCUGAGUCCGGCCCUCCCCUCCGCGCUCUUACACUUCAGUAAAGCACAGCAGAGCUCAGCUGUGGGUAAUACAUCGUCCUUACUCCUUCAGAAUCUUUCUCCCUUACCCUUGAUACAGCAACAGUUGAUGAAGUUUGACAACGCCCACACUAAUAAUAAGCCUGGCUUGCUGGGAGAGCCUCCUGCCGUGGUGCUGCAGCCUGCUCUGGCCAUAGGGCCACCACUUCCCCUGAAAGCGGACCUGGGACACCAUGGAGAGGCACACAAAACGUCUAAUCUGAUUCCAACUCAGACGACACUGGCAGCCGGGCUGGGCAUGCUGCCAUUCUUCCCACAUCAGCUCACUGCUGGACAAGCCGGGCCAGGGCGUGGGACCGCUCAGGAGAAGCAGUCAGCUUCCGUGAGCAUCGGCGAAGCUAGUUUCCCAGGGUCGCAGCAUUAUCUGCAGACCUUCCCAGGCCUUCCUGCUGGAGGCCCACCGACAGGCAACCAGAAGACGCUGCAAAGCCAGCCAAAAGGCACAGAGGCUGCCUCUAAGAAUCAGACUUCACUCUUGGGAGAACCACCAAAAGAAAUCCGGCUCAGUAAAAAUCCGUAUUUGAAUUUGGCAAGUGUGUUACCCAGUGUGUGCCUAUCCACUGCAGGCAAAGGCACGCCACCGAAGACUGGAAUUGUGAGCAGCAUUCUGGAUGCGUUCUCUCAGGGCAGUGAAUCCUCCCAUGCACUGGAGAAGUGUAUUGCCUAUUCUCCGUCUUUCGAGGAUUACGCCCAGGUUGCCUCCUUGAGGAAUGAGAAGCGAGGCUCCUCCUAUCUCAUCUCUGCCCCGGAAGGAGGCCCGGCAGAGCUUGCAGGCCAGCACCCUCAGGACCCGGGAGUGAGCUACACAGAAACCUACUUGAAGAAGAAGCGUGUGUACUGAGCCCAGUGUCUCCUGCCCACCUGCUGCAGUCUGCCGCAGCGCCUGCUGCUGCCCAUCACUGCCUUAACUUCAUCCACACUAGCCAUAUCCUUUCAAUACGGGUGUCCGACUUCCCAGAAGGAACUGUCCUGCAGCAGGCAGAUCAGCCAAAUACCCAACUAGCAAUAAGAACAUCAUCGGUCGAGGGCAUUUUCCACUAGCAUUAGAUGUGUCUUAAUCCAUGUGAUAAGGACUCUGCUCACUGGAGAAUCAGCAUUCCAAUAGUCCUUGUUUCGGGCCUGGGAACAAUUCUGACAUCAUAUAUAAAGUCUAAAGCAAUAAAUGGGAAACUGUCUUGUUUCCUUAGCCUUAGAAUGAAUCUCUUAUAAGCCAAUGUGCAUUUACCUUACUCUCCCCUGAGAAGUCUCAUCUGUAGUCUUUCCUCAAGCUGCAAGGGUGGCGGUACCACCCGAUGGUGACAACAGACGCUCACCAUGCAGACUCCAUUAGCUCCACAGGGCCACACAAUACCAACCCAGUGGCAGAGCGGAAGUGAUGCGACUUCAGAUGCUUCAUUUCUGAAGUAUCAUUUACCAUAUAUACCUUUUGUGGAAAACAAAGCAUUUCAGGAAAAGUAACUUUUGUGCAUAAUACAAGGGUUAGCAAAGUAUACACGAGGGCCACAUGAAGUCCACCACCUAGCUUCGUGCUGCUGUGCCAGUCAGGACAUUUCUAAAUGCCUGGGGGCAGGGGAGGACUUACAACAUGAAACUACAACUUGAGUGUCCCCAACAUGAUGUGUGGACCACAGUGAGGCUUGCUCAUUUCCAUAUUAUGUAGUUACUUUUGUGUCACAAUGGGAACUGAGUAGCCCCGAGAGAACCACAGAGCCUGCAAGCGCCGGGACGAUUACUCUCUGGUCCUUUGUGAGAUUUGUUGUCUCCCUGUUCCUUUUAUCUUACAUGAGACAUGCGCAUGGCAAGGAGCCAGGUUUCUCUGCUGUUUCAUAGCAUAGAGUGGUGAAGGUCUCCCUAGACAAGGCCGAGCCCUGACAGAGCAGUGCCCGCAGCCAUUCCUGAGGGAACUGUGGCUAGCGUGGGGCAGUGCUGAGCUAACAGGCUCUACCUCACUCUGCUUUAUGACUGAUAGUUGUCGAGCUGAAAGGUAGUGGCCGUUUAAUCCAAUUCACUUUUGGAAGAACGUUCGUCUUUAUUAAUCUGACUUUUGACCUCACCAUUGGCCGAAGAUCUUGGCAUUAAGUAAGCAACAUUUUCCAACUAGAAAUUUCUAUUUGAUUAUUGUUAAGAGACUGUAACUGACGAAAUGUGGGAUCUCAAUGAUCCUAGUUUUUAGGAUCAGAUCAUUAAAAUACCUUAUUUGGAGGACUUAUCAUUUUUGACUGAUAUAGCUCUCCAGCAUUAGUUAUAAAGUCUAAAACUGGUACAUAUACGCUUUAUAAUGAAUUUUACCUGGUCUAAUUUAUUGCACAUACCAGCUUUCGUUGAAAACUGACAGCUAAAAAAUUAAACUAAGGCAAUCCUAGGCACACCUCCUCUAAGGGCCGCCGGGGAUGAGGCCUAGCGGUGACUCUGGUGCCCUUCCCCUGUACCUCCCUGCCUCUUGCUGCAGCUUCAGCCUCUGCAGGACUUAGUCACAGACAGAACAAUGGGAGGCCAGUGACUGCUACCUGGGAGCUGCAGAGUGAGGGGGAGACAGUGGAGAGAACUUAGAGACACUCUGAUUUACACGUGGGUCCUCCACCGUGCCAGCCUGUGACCAUUAUUACCUGACAGAAGCGCAGAUCAAGUGAUGUUAGUACAAGGUCAUUACAACCAACCCCUAAAGUCUAUGCUGUUUUUUUUUUUUUUUGUCUCAAACCAUUCAGCUAAUGGUUUGAAAUGUUUUCAAGCUUAAUAUUAAAAGGCAUAUGCACGUGAA